CGGAUGCGCUGAUCCUCCCCAGACGCAAUCCAAUCCGUCCCGAGCCAGAAGGGCAUCGCUGCGGUCCUCUGUCUCGGUCCUUGGCCAGCUGCAUCGAUGAAAGCUCGAAGAAGACAAGUUGCCGGAGAGACACAUCCAGUCGGAACCCCGACGAGCCACGGGGGCACGGCGGCGCCCCUGUCCGAGCAUCAAAAGAGGGCUCAGGAAUCACGACAUCGUUUCAAGCAGCAAAAUGUCAAGUCGUGGACACUUAUCCUCUCGCCCAGCCUCGUGCUUCCGGCGCUGUAUGUGAUUGCCGUUAUCUUCAUCCCAAUUGGCUGUGUGCUAUAUUACUCGGGACAAUCCAUUAACGAGGUUUCCUUCGACUACACGAUGUGCAAGAUGUUGGCUCCGUCACAGAGCUUCGGGCCUCCGCCAUCAGACUCAACAAAAUACGGUUUUGUUCAAGGCUGGAAGUACAGCAUCUCGUCGUCGGUGUGCACCCUGCGGUUCAACAUCCCCGCCAUGAUUUCGGCACCGGCCUAUCUCUAUAUCCAGCUCACAAACUUCAAGCAAAACCACCGCAUUUACGUCAAGUCUCUGAGCGACGCCCAGCUCCGUGGUGACCUCGUGCCCACCGCCGCGGCUCUCGGCGAUCUGUCGUCGACCUGCGGCUGGCUGCAGUAUGCAAACUGCCACACGUACAAAUCCAUUUCGGACUCGCUCUCCUUUUACGUUGGCACAAACAAUCUGGACUGCCCCGUCAUCAACGGCGUUAUGACUCCCGUCGAUAACGUCAUUGCAAAUGCCAGUUCCAGCGCGCAGUACUAUCCAUGCGGACUCAUGGCCAACUCCAUGUUUACGGAUGAUAUCUCAGUAUUCGGAUGCGUCUCACUCCUCAACAACGUGUCAUGCACGAGUGGCCCGAUCGAGUUUCAGGAAGAAGGAAUCUCCUGGGGUUUGGACUCGUCGAUCUUUGGGAACACACAGUGGAAUCUGUCGUCCAACGGCAUGUUGAGUCAGAUUCCCACGAUGUUGAUUCCACCGCCGAUGUGGCGUCGCAAAUGGCCCCAGAAAUGGGGCAACGGAUACAACUCGACCAACCUGCCCAGCCUCGCGACCUGGGAGCGAUUCCAGGUUUGGAUGAGGCCCGCCGGCCUGUCGACCUUCCGGAAGCUAUGGGGCAUCUACAACGGCAACAUCAACGCCGGGAUCUACGAAGUCAACAUCACUGACUCCUUCGAGGUCAUGCGGUUCUCGGGGACAAAGUCGAUCGUGAUCUCGACAGUGGGCAUCAUGGGCUCCCGCAACCAGACAGCCGCGAUCGCAUACCUUGCCGUGGGAUCGGUUUCCGGCGUUGCUGCGCUGAUCUUUACGAUCUUGCACCUUACCGUUCCAAGGAAGCCUGGCGACCACCGAUAUCUAUCGUGGGUGCGUGUGCAGGAAGCGAAUCGCAAGCGCAAGUUCGACGUCAACAUCGCCAAGAAACUCUAGCUCUAGUGGCGCAUGGGACGCCAGAGCUCGAGAUCGGUGAACUCGUGGCCGAAAUGCAUUUCCCGAUUGUUCAGAGGCUCGUUUCUGGGACCGGGACCGACAAUAUCAGUCGAGGGCCCUAUAGAAUCACACUCGGCUCAUUGCACGCACGAAUGGCGCUGGAAACAUCGGGGUGUGGUGUUACGGGAGUGGUAUAUUGAAGCAGUUCAUUGUGCAAUUCA